AAUAAACUUAAAUUUUAUGGAAAAGAGUUAUCAGAAAGUGAACUUUGUGAUAGUGCAUUAACUCAAACAACCUAUGCAACAACAAAUAAUAAUGACAUAAUUUUUGAACUAAAUGAUAUUUCAGAAUCUUUUCAAUUCUCAAAUCAUGAGAAUCUUGAGAUUGAGUCAAUAGUUAAUUUGGUACGAGUUUUGGUAGAUAAGAUAAUGCUAAAGAAAUACCUUAUGCAACCAUAA